AAAGUCCAAAAGCGCCUCACGAGUAAGGACGCUUCGUUUCUAAUUGCUUUUAUUCUCUGCUGGCUUUUGCACGGAAUGUGGAGUGAAAGUAUCGUAUCAGUUAUCUAAUGUGAUAAUCACGUAAAUUAUACAUAUACUCGACAUCACAUUGCUCUGAGGAUAAGAACGAAGGGAAUCGUCUUUCUGGAACGAAAAGCAGGAAACUAAGAGAUGGGGGACAACAUGGAGCCACACGUCACUCCAGAAACACCGGGGAAGCUAUCAGUAAGGAAUCCAUUUGAGAGUCCCAACGACUACCACCACCUCCGUGAGCCCCUCGUCCCUAGUCCGUCUGUUUUCAAGUUAUCACAAGAUGCAAGUCGCGCUCCCCCCGGUUUCAACUGGUCAAUCGACGAUAUGGCCAGUCUUCUCCCAGUGCACAUAGAUCAAGAGGAGAUCCAGCGACAGUCAUUUUACCUCAGCCAGACAAGGACAGACUUCGACAUUGAAGAAAAGCGUCAGAAUGCCAUCGAGCAAUUUUUUACCAAGGGAGCAAUUGUGCCCUCUCCGUGGUCUGUGUCAGACACCCAUAAAACCCCUCACACGUCUAAAACAGGAUCUCUAUCGCCGAUGAUGGAGGAGCAGGAAAGAAAAACAGUUGCCUGUCAGACAACUCUGUCGUUGCCGUUGGGGUUUGAUUUGGAGAGACUUCUGGGGGAGUAUUACCGCAGUGAGGAAGUGGCCAGCGAUGCCUCUCAGGAGAGCCUCAGCUCUUACUCUUUGAGGCGCAAACUCUUCUUGGAUGGCCGAGGAAGCUCCAGUGGCUCAGACAGCUCCAGUCCCCCGAGCCCAACGAGAAGGCAAUCCCAGGAAGAGAGGCUGUUGUUGACCCAGAAUUUUGUAACGCAGUCUGCCAUCUCUUCAUCUCCUUUGUCCUGCAGUGUGUCUGCUUCAACUCCAUCUACGGGUCAGUUCUCGUCCAGUCCGAUCCAGAACGGCCGCCUCCAGGACUGCAGAGAUGCCAGCCCUCUCUUCCCCGAUAGGUCAUCGCCCGCUAGCUCAGCCUCUCCCACCAUUUCACCCAUCGUUGUAUGUACGCUGCGCACACCCACAGGCUCCGCCGAGUGGAAGCGACCUUGCAGUUUGACUCCCCUCAGCGUGCCCCCGGAGACGGAUGUCCGGUCCUUUACCAUGAGUCCGGAUGUGGAGGGCUGCUCUCCCAUCCGCACUUGUUCUCCGCACCAGCACCAACCCAGAGCCAAACCCAGACCUCGAUUCCGUUGCUGCACGUCGCCGCCGCUCAUCUCAUCGGUCCUCAACCCCAGGCUGCCAGACCCCCAGGAGGACGAGUUCUCGCCGCCCGUCCACUCGAUGGAGGCGGACAGGUCCUCCCCUGUGGCUCAGGACAGUCCUGCUCCUGACGUUGAGAGGUCGGGGUUCACGGAGCAAGUGAAGAUGGAGAACGAUCAGGAAUCAAGGAUGGAUGGAAAACUGGAGGAGGAGGAAGAUGAGGAGGGAGACAACAGAGGUCUUCCCGAACGGCUGACCAGCUCUCGUAUGGGCAACGUGUCGGCCAUGGAAAGCUCUCAAAUGUUUGUCUCUCUUUUGGGGGAGCGCAGCAGUAUACACUGUGAUUCCAGUAUGCAGGUGGACAGCGGGUACCAAACGACCUCAAUGGGGGCAGGCAGUCUGAUCGACGGCGUCGGCUCUGACAAUAACGCCAAAGAAUCCUUCGGCGGCAACCUUGGGGAAGAUACCUUCCACCACAACAAACCCUCAAAAGUAAAGGUGUGGUAUCCCCAUCACUGAACUGUUUCACGCAUCGAAAAGGGACAACUACUUCUCGCAGAUGUAUUUUAUUUUAUUUUUUUUUGUUAAGAUCAUAGUAUUUUUUUUUUUUUUUUAGGGGGCAUUAAAUG